AUGGCCGAGGUGAAGGUGAAGGUGCAGCCGCCCGACGCGGAUCCGGUGGAAAUCGAAAGCAGAGGCAAACCCACACCGAAAUGCUCCCAGGAGCGGUCACACCUGAGGGCACAGAUCUGUGUGGUCAAAAAUGGGGCCACUGAGCUGCAAGGAGCUGUAGGAACAGAGCAGGUGACGAGCCCGUGCCUCGGGUCUGAAUGUGGACUCGUUCCCGAUAGGUCCUGCCAGGAGUUCAGCAUUCAUAUGGCACGCUAUGCAUACCACAUUGCACUUAAGAAAGGCCAGAUGAGGCCAACUGGGCCUCAUAAGUAG